AUGCUCGCUCAUUACUUCGUUCUUCUUACUAGCAUUUCCGUAUCAACUUGGGCGACUAUUGUGUUUGAUGGCCGGGUACCAGGAGAUGCCGCUUUAGCAGACUUUGAUUCUCUUGAUAGCAUUUUUGAUCCAGAGUUUACAAAGGGGGAGAGUGUGCUCUUCAGCGAGUUGCUUGCUUUUGUGGAUGACGAUGUCUCUUUGUUUGAUCAGCAAGCCAGUGCGAAGUCCAUUGAGAUCACCAUCGAUGAUGACUCAAUAUUCGCGCCGGGCGGCGCGGCGCCUCAGACCGCAGUUCGACGCGCCGAGUUAUCACCAAAUCCCGCGCAAUCAGUCGAUAAUGUAACCACGACAGGAGUCAAAACGUUACAUUUCUCUAUCAAGCCAAGUCCCGAACGCGCAUUGAACGUCAGCCACGAGUACUUGAUGGUCUUUCUCGAAAGAGCCGAUUUCGCAGGAAACCAGAUUUCGCUGAAGACUGGCACAUUGCUAGGCAGUGACGGCGCGACGAAAAACGACCUGGUGCUCCUGGGCAAUAGCAAUGAUGGCGGCGAAACACUUUUUACCACCGCUUUCGAACCGGACGAUUUCACGAAUUUUGGUUUGCUUAUGGAUUUCGACCAAAACACAAUACAGAUCUUCCAAUCGACUGGCACUGACGCCUUAGUCCAGCAGACCGAGUCUCUCUCGAACGACCUCAGCGGCAACGGGCAAUUGCAUUUUGGACUGAACAAGAACCCUACCGAUCCGGGUGAGGACGUUCUUCGAUCCGGAUUUCAAGAGAGCGGCAUUCUGGAAAGCAUCAUCUAUGGUGGGAUAUAUGUCGAGGAUAGCGCUGAUGGGACGAUUACGCUUGCCUAA